GGUUGAUCCACCACAAACGGCUACCGGUAGCCUCCUUGGCUAGCUAGCAGCACCAUGGCAGGAAGGAUGCUCCUAGGCGUCUGUGCAGUGAUGAUGGCGAUAGCCGUCGCUAACGCAGCAGAGGGCCAGGUGGCGUCGGUCGUCGUCGGCCUGGCCAGGUGCGCCGACUGCACCAGGUACAUGAAGGCCGAGACGGCUUUCAAAGGUCUUCAGGUGGCCAUCAAGUGCAAGAACAGCAACGGCGAGUACGAGACCAGGGCCAUCAGUGAGCUCCAAAGCUCCGGAACCUUCAGCGUUCCCCUCGCUGCCGACCUCCACGGCGCCGACUGCCACGCUCAGCUGCACAGCGCCGCCAACGCGCCCUGCCCCGGGCAGGAGCCGUCCAAGAUCGCGCCGAUGUCCGGCGGCACCUUCGUCGCCAUCCCCGGCAAGACGCAUUACCCAUCCGCGGAGUGCGCGUCUGCGUUCCUCUGCUACCCGAUCAAGAAGCACUUCCUCGACCAUUUCCACAAGAAGCCCGUGCGGGAGUACCACCCCGUGCCAGAGGACAAGCCAGCGCCGGAGUACCACCCCGUGCCUGAGCACAAGCCGGCGCCGGAGUACCACCCCACGCCAAAAUACCACCCUCCCACGCCAGAAUACCAUCCUCCCGCACCGGAGUACCACCCACCAACGCCGGGAUACCACUCUCCCACUCCGGUGUACGGGGAGCCAUAAAGCCAACUCCGAUCUACCAUCCUCGUACUAGUGCUGCGCACUACAUACAUCACUCGUCGCAUGAGUUCAGCAUAUUGUACCACUGCUUGUGUUAUUAGUUAAUAAUUCGUUAUGUGCAAGUACUAGUGCACGCUUGGAGAAUAGUUGUCGAGAAUUAGUUGUGAGGCUGUACUUGGUGAUCGUUGUUUAGCUUUGAUUAAAGCGGAUUGCGUACCUUCAUCCAAUCAUCCGUCCUCGUUUUUUAUGAAAUUAUUAGCUAUUACUCUGUUUUGAAUGACAGAGGAUUGAAAUAUCCUUGUUGCUACAA